UGUAAAUAUAUUUUUCUUAUGAAAUUGUGCUAAGCUAAAGUUUAACAAAAUUAUUCGUGUUUUAAAUAAUGAAUCAAACCAUUAUACCACAGCCGCAUUUGGUCCCAGGUUACACUGGGCACUGCACUGAGAACCGUGAUCGUGUGGGUAAAACUUAUGGCAGGCAAACUCACCAGCUGCUUAUAGAUCCAUGUAUCAAUCAUGCACCAGAGUUAAUUGUUGCACCCAUACAUGCUAAGGCUGAUCUCAAGGAUUAUCCCACGGAUCAUGAGUUAAAGGUGCUGCGUGAUCGUCAGGAAUUUGUAGAUUCGGUCUAUCAGCAUCCCAUCAUACCGGGUUAUGCCGGAUUUGUGCCCAAUUUGCCCAAGCAGACGGGCAAACGUUAUGUUGCUGCUGCCACAGCUGGUGUGGCUCAGCAUGAGACACUGAUGCAGUUGUAUCGGUGUGACAAACGGACGCUACGUCAUCGGGAUCUGCUUGAAAGCGGCAAAGGUCUUUUCGAGCACCAAUUGAAUGAGCGACUGCUGCCACAUACAUUUUAUCGUGCUCCUUUGUUGCCUGUAAGCGGUCGCUCCAAGGGCAUCAAAAUGGAAAAGUGUCCGCCUAAAACUGAGAAGCUGCCUUACAGUAAGUUUACCACUCCGCACUUUCUGGAUGAUGAUGAUGAGGACAAGUUUAUCAUCAAUGGCUACGCGGCUCAUAUUCCCAUGGCUGUAACCCGUUUUGGCGAGCCCAGCAAAGUGCUAACACAUCAUGCUCUCUGUACGUUCUCCGACUACAUGUACAAGAAAAAGCGAGAUAAGUGGUGUUGUGGACAGGAUUUGAGCAGUCCGGCUGUUACAUGUCCUAAUGUUGGCCACUUUGUGCUCUAUCACAACAACCACGGCAUGUGUCCAAGCUAUGCUGGCCAUGUUCCUGGACAUUUGUACAAGUUUGGUCGCACGUAUGGCCAGACAACUUACCAUGCUAAGCGCUGGUUGGAAAUUCAUAAGGAUCUCGAACUUCUGCCAGAAAUCGCAAACUUGGAUUACGAGUAUUGAAAUUUGUUUAUUUGUAAAUUAUUUGUUGAAUAAUAUUAUUUAAAUUCAAAUCUCAA